CAUCAAUAUCCCGCGAUCUGUUGAGGAAUUGUCGGUCCCGGAGGAUAACACAACGGACAAUUCCUGGAUUCGAAUGGGAUGUCCCUGAUAUCCCACCAGAAUCUUGUUGUGUUCCCCUCUUCGAGUGGACUUUACUUACUGGGCCGUCGCUCUCCUUCAAAGCGAGCCAUCAGCAUAUCUUUACUGAGCACCGCUAACCCUCACCCAGAGCCCCCGUCUCCGAAUUCUCUCAUAAAUCACAAUGGUUACCAACGGCACCAACGGGACCAAUGGGUCUGGGAAGCACUACAACGAGGGGACCUUCCUCUUCACCUCCGAGUCCGUCGGUGAGGGUCACCCCGACAAGAUCGCCGAUCAGGUCUCAGAUGCCAUCCUCGAUGCCUGCUUGUCCGAGGACCCUCUCUCCAAGGUUGCUUGCGAGACGGCCACCAAGACCGGCAUGAUCAUGGUCUUCGGUGAGAUCUCCACCAAGGCCAAGCUCGACUACCAGAGGGUUGUCCGCGAUGCCGUCAAGGGCAUCGGUUACGAUGACUCCUCCAAGGGCUUCGACUACAAGACCCUCAACUUGCUCGUCGCCAUUGAGGAGCAGUCCCCGGAUAUCGCGCAGGGUCUGCAUCUCGAGGACCGCCUUGAGAACCUCGGUGCUGGUGACCAGGGCAUCAUGUUCGGCUAUGCCACCGACGAGACCCCCGAGCUGUUCCCCCUCACUCUCCUUUUCGCCCACAAGCUCAACGCUGCCAUGUCGGCUGCGCGCCGCGACGGUUCCCUGCCUUGGCUGCGCCCCGACACCAAGACCCAGGUCACCAUUGAGUACAAGCACGACAACGGCGCUGUUGUGCCCCUCCGUGUCGACACCGUCGUCGUUUCUGCCCAGCACUCCGAGGAUAUCACCACCGAGAAGCUGCGCAAGGAGAUUCUGGAGAAGAUCAUCAAGGCCACCAUCCCGGCUAAGUACCUGGAUGACCGGACCAUCUACCACAUCCAACCUUCCGGCCUCUUCAUCAUUGGCGGCCCUCAGGGUGAUGCCGGUCUGACCGGCCGUAAGAUCAUCGUCGACACCUACGGCGGCUGGGGCGCCCACGGUGGCGGUGCCUUCUCCGGCAAGGACUUCUCCAAGGUCGACCGUUCGGCUGCCUACGUCGGCCGCUGGAUCGCCAAGUCCCUCGUCGCUGCCGGCCUCGCUCGCCGCGCUCUCGUCCAGCUCUCGUACGCCAUCGGCGUUGCUGAGCCCCUCUCGAUCUACGUCGACACCUACGGCACCUCGGAGAAGACCUCGGAUGAGCUUGUCGAGAUCAUCCGCGCCAACUUCGACCUGCGCCCCGGUGUCAUCGUCAAGGAGCUGGACCUGGCCAAGCCCAUCUACCUCCAGACGGCCAAGAACGGCCACUUCGGCACCAACCAGAACUUCAGCUGGGAGAAGCCCAAGGCCCUCAAGUUCUAAGUGGGAAACCAUGUCGCAGAAGAUUCAACUUCUCUCUGCUGAUACGAUCCCGCUCGUCUCCGGACGAUUUCCCUUUCUUCAUCUUUUUACUCAUCAUGGCAUAUGAAUGGAUAAGCAUUACUGGCGUACGGUUCUCAACAAACCUGGGUGGGCGGAUAGACUUAUAUCCUUGUCAUUUUCACGUU